CUUCGUGUCUCGUAAUGUUUUGAGCAAAAAACGGAAAACAGAAAAGAAACAUAUUCUAUAUGUUCCCUCCAGAUCCAUGAGAUAGAAACUGAUUUCCCCCCAAAUCUUUAUCGCCCAAAAUUUCAACUGGCAGUAAUGCGCCCCGUUUCCUUUAUCCCCAAUUCCCAAAACCCUAUCCAAUAGAUCUCACCAACUCAACUCGAUUCUAUCCAGAUGGAGUCCACCGUCAUGGACUGCAGUCCUUCCUCCAGUGCCGCCCCGCCCCGCCGCAGUGGUCGCCGGAAGCUGGUUCAAUCGACGCUCUUCCCUCUCAAGCCACCGGAGCCCGUUGAGAAGAAGGACAAAGAGGACGAACUCGACGAGGAUUACUCUGAGGCUAAGAAUAACAAGAAGAGGAAGAGGUCCAAGGCAAAAGCCACUCCUCCGAUCGACGAGGAUUACUCUGAGGCUGAGAAUAACAAGAAGAGGAAGAUGUCCAAGGCAAAAGCCACUCCUCCGAAAAAAGGUUCUUCUAAGCAGCGUCCCACGCCAAAGAAAAAAGCAACGGCUAAUGGCACUAACGGGUCAACUUCGAAGCAGGUGUUGGCUAAUUCCGAUCAGGUUAAGGCACCUGUGUUUGAUUUGUUUCUAGAGGCAAAAUUGGCUGCUGAGGAAGAUUCGAGGAUAUAUGCAGGACGUCAGGUACAUCCGUUUUUUUCAUUAUGGAAGGAGGGAAAAAAAGUUCAUGAUGUGAAUGAAUCCGGAAGUAAUUUACCAACAACUAAGAGUAAGCAUAAAAGGACAACUUGCGGCCCUAUUCAUGUAUUUGAAAAUGUUAAGGAUGAUACGUCAUCAGUUGACUGGAGAAACUGGACUUUUAUGGAAAAUAUCACCUCUAUGAACUAUGGUCAAGGGAGUGUAAAUUCAUCUGUUUUAGAGGGUUCUGUUGAAUCCUUAAAUUUUGAUAAGCUUCACAGUUUUUUGAAUCCAUCAGGCAUUUCAAUUUCUCAGAAUGCCUUAUCACCAUCAAACCCAUCUUCACUAGCAGAACAAUCAGCAUGUCUGACGUGUGGAAAUGCUGAACUGGACACGGAGGUGGAUGAAUCUGUUACUCCAACUGUGCAAGCUGGCAUUUUUAGAAAGUCUAAAGAUACCGAACCACUGAAUAGAUUUCUUCAAGAAAGUAUGAGAUCAUACUACCGUAGCUGUUUAGAUUUGGAGGAGUGCCAUUUAUGGACAUACAAAUAUAAGCCAACGAAGGCUGUUGAGGUAUGCGGGAAUGAUGAAUCUGUUAAUUUCUUGAGUGACUGGCUACAUCGUUGGCAUGAAAGGCAAUAUAAAAGCAGGAAGGAUAAUACUGACACUGAUAAAAGUGGCAUGCAAGAUGUUGAAGAUGACGAUGAUGAUUACAAAUGUUCUUAUAGUGACUGUGAUUCAGAAGAUAUGAAUGAGAAGAAUUCCCUGAAAAAUGUUCUUUUAAUUACAGGACCAAUUGGGAGUGGCAAGUCUUCAGCAGUCCAUGCUUGUGCCAAAGAGCAAGGGUUUGUUAUUUUAGAGUUCAAUUCAUCACAUUCUACAAAUGGGACUGCUAUCAGGAACUUGGAACAUUCUCUUAAUUCACUUGGGUUCAAAAGCCAAUCAGGAAGCACUGCAAGUUCACAUAAGAUCUCUCCAAAAUCGGCUCAAGCUCUGGCUAUGCUCAGUGGUAAAGCUGCUGAUGAGGUGAAUGGAGUGGAUGAACUGAUAACCAUAUCCGAUGAUGAGGCUCGUAGCCAUAGUGGAUCAACAUUAAAGUUACAUGGUGAAAAUAAUGAUACUGAAAAAUAUAAAAUCCAUCGUCUAGUUCUAGUUGAGGAUGUGGACAUCCUUUUUGCCGAAGAUCGUGGAUGUAUUGCUGCCAUACAACAGAUUGCUGAGACAUCAAAGGGGCCAAUUAUAUUGACCAGUAAUAGUGAUAAUCCUGGUCUGCGACAUAAGUUUGACAUGCUCCAUGUUCCAUUCGUGUUGCCAUCACCAAAGGAAUUGCUUUGCCAUUUGUACAGUGUUUGUCUCACUGAAGGAGUCAACAUCCAUCCUCUUUUACUAGAGAAGUUUAUACAUUCUUGUGAUGGAGAUAUCCGAAAAAUCAUUAUGCAUCUUCAAUUCUGGUUUCAGAGUAAAAUAUUUAAAAAAGAUGAAAAGGCACAGACAGGUUACGGCUCACUUCCAUUUGAUCUUGAGCUUGCCCAUGAGAUUCUUCCGAAGAUGAUGCCCUGGGAUUUCCCCUCAGUGAUUUCCGAUCUAAUUGAGAACAAAAUAGCUAAACAAAUAAAUAUAAUGGAAGAAAACUCCAAAGAGUUGGUUACAGAAAAGCUUCACAUAAGUGAACGGCAUAAAGAUUUAAAUGUGAAUUAUACGGAGACUGAUGAUAUAGAGGCCAUGAAGGCGGAGAUGAUUAAUAGGAAUGGAUUGUUGACGGAUUACUUUGAGCUUGAAAUUCAACGUAGCACUAUUUCUGAGUUUUCCAAUUCAUCUGGUUCCCCACUUGCAUCCUCUAGGCAUGGUCGAAGGAAACUUGUAGUCAUGUCCUCUGACUCUGAGGAUGACAAUUCAAAUUGUGGAUAUCCUGUAGACUCCCACGAUGAAGCUAAUACGAGGCAACUGAUGAAAGAAAAUAAUGGUUGUCCAUCAGAAUUUCUAUUAAAUGGAAACUACCCGGACACAUCAGUCGAUAGACUAGUUUGUUCCGAUUUGGAGCACUCAGAGGACGAAGAUUUUAAAUAUUUAGAAAUGGCUGAUGGUGCAUACUUGAAUGAAACAUGUAAAUCACUAGAUGUAUCAUGUGUGCCAGAAUCAACGUUUGUUCCUGAAACUGAAAUUGAAAACGGAACAGAGACAUUGUCUGGAGCAGUGUCUUCUGGUCCUGCUCUCCCUUUUGUUAGUCUUCCAGAAGUAUCUGUAAAUAAUGAGUUGAAACCAUUCAAUUUCAAUGUUCGUAGGCGCUUAACAAAAUUGUCACAGAAUCCAGAUUUGUUGGCGGAUACUGAAAUUCCAGAUCAUUCUUUUCAAGGGGUUCUACCUGAUGUUCAAGAUGAACAUACGGAGACACUUGUUAAAGUGAUGGAUGAAUGCAGUCGAAUGGAUUUCAAACCAAAGCCAACAUUGUGGCAGUCCAAUCCAUUAGACGAGACAGAAAAGAUACAAAACGUGUGGAGAGAUCUCCGUGAUUGCCGAGUCGAUUUAAGACAGCAUUCUAUCUCAGAAGAGCUUGGUGUUCUUCAUGUUGUUAAACUUGCUAGUGGACUGUGCAAUCUAAUUUCAGAUGCUGACUUGUUUCCUAAAUGGGAUAGAAUGGAACCUUCAAUGUUCCUUUCUAACGAAGCUGCAUCACAUGAUUAUUGUGAACAAAUGAUGUCCACUGUGGCUGAGCAUGGGUUUUGCUUUUACGCUAAGCUUAUAGCAGAUGAAGGAUCAAAGUUGGGUUGUGCAAAUUGUGCUGAUAUUACUUCUGAGAUGUUGGCUUCCUCCACUGAUAUUAUGGCAUUGGGGAAAUUAUCCCGACAUGAUCUCUCGAAAAUGAAGGCUUUCCGUAAUGGAAAUGAAGUAGAGUGGAAGACCCAAAUAAAUAAUAUGCAAAAGAGUGAAAAGAAAAGAUCUCUAAUCGAGGUCAUCCAAUCCAUUGCUCCUCCAAAAACAUCCUUGGCAUUAAAAGGUUAUGCAUUCAACGAAUAUCUAUCUUCACUACGCCAUAUUUCUAGGUCUGAAGCUUUCCGUAUUUCACAAGUGGUCGAAAAGAAGAGAGGAGGAAGGGUACGGGGCGUUCACCAUUACUUGAGCACAAAUACCAAGUUGUCUCCAGAAGAAAUAUCUUUGGUGACCGAUGGUGAUCCCUAUAGAAAAAUUUCUUCCCAACAUACAACAUAGGAGGCAAUUUAUAACUUCUGUAUAGGUUUAAUACUGCACAAAACGCCAGCUAGAAGAGCGUUUUGACGUUUGACAUAGGAUAGGUUCAUGCAAUUUGUUCUUGCCUACGAUUAUUUUUAGGGGCUGAGGUUGUAAAUUGAACUUGAGUGUCAAGAGAGCAGAAGAGAAAGGAUGGGUUAACCCAUUUAUGAAAAAUGAUUUUUCAUCUUUUCAAAGCAUAAAUUAAUUUCUGUACGAGGGAAAAAGUGCAUACGGUUAGGAUGAUGUAGUUUUGUAUUAGAGAUCCGUAUUUACAUCCCAUGUUUAUUUAUUAAUUCAGUACAAGUUUUUGUA